UUUUUGUUGUGGCUUUGAGAUCGUCUCCGUUUCCCGUUUCGCUGCCUCUUCGACCGCUUCUUUUCUUUUCUUUCUCUGGGUUUCAACUUUCAACACAGAAGAGAGAGAAACACAAGCGAGAAGAGAGAGAGAGGGGAAAAAAAACCUAAAGGACUUUUCUCCGAGCUGCUUACUAUUCUCCGAACGCGUUUCGUUUCUUCCGUCUUCCGAUUGAAGAAUCGAGGAUCUGAGCUCAACCCUUCCUUUGUUUCAAUUCGUCAACAUUGAGUUCGUUCCUUUUAAGUUGUGUAGUUCCUAGCGUUUGUUAUUGAAAGGAGCGAGUUCGUUCGAAGCCUUUGGAUUCCGAGGAAUGAAUCCAAAUGUUGGCUAGGAAUUCGAUUUUGCUGGAAUUCUAGCCUCCGAUCUUGACGGAAUUGCUCGAAUCUUAGGGUUGAAGUAAUGGAUGUUGAUUCCUCGAUGGUGCAGGAGGCCGAUCACGCUCCAUCCGCCGGUGCUGCUGCUCCGGCGCCGGCUGCGGGAGAGGUAGAGCAGCUGGCCGAGUCACCGUCUUCAGGCAGUGGAUCUCCGGCGGCGGCUCAGCUGCCUGUGCAGCAGCAGCAGCAGGCGCCUGCUCAGGUGCAGCAGAGUCCGGUGAUAGGGCCGAGGCUGGCGCCAACUUAUUCGGCGAUGAACGCGAUUAUUGAGAAGAAGGAGGACGGGCCGGGUCCGCGGUGCGGCCACACAUUGACGGCGGUGGCAGCCGUCGGAGAGGAGGGGGCUCCUGGGUACAUUGGUCCCAGGCUGAUAUUGUUCGGUGGUGCCACUGCUCUUGAAGGCAAUUCUGCGGCUUCAGGGACUCCGUCGUCUGCUGGAAAUGCUGGAAUACGUUUAGCUGGUGCUACUGCUGAUGUCCACUGUUAUGAUGUCAUUAAUAAUAAAUGGUCUAGGAUAACUCCCUAUGGAGAGCCUCCAACUCCAAGGGCUGCACAUGUGGCAACUGCUGUAGGGACCAUGGUGGUUAUUCAGGGUGGCAUCGGUCCUGCUGGUUUGUCAGCAGAGGAUCUUCAUGUUCUUGAUCUCACUCAGCAAAUGCCCCGGUGGCAUAGAGUAUCUGUUCAAGGCCCUGGACCAGGGUCACGCUAUGGACAUGUAAUGGCUUUGGUGGGGCAGAGGUAUCUUAUGGCUAUUGGAGGAAAUGAUGGAAAGAGACCUUUGGCUGAUGUGUGGGCCUUGGACACAGCUGCCAAGCCUUAUGAAUGGCGCAAGUUGGAGCCAGAAGGAGAGGGUCCACCUCCAUGCAUGUAUGCAACUGCAAGUGCACGCUCUGAUGGACUGCUUCUGCUCUGUGGAGGGAGAGAUGCCAAUAGUGUUCCAUUGGCAAGUGCAUAUGGACUUGCUAAGCAUAGAGAUGGUCGAUGGGAAUGGGCAAUUGCCCCUGGUGUUUCUCCAUCACCAAGAUAUCAGCAUGCUGCGGUAUUUGUUAAUGCAAGGCUCCAUGUGUCUGGUGGGGCUCUUGGUGGAGGAAGGAUGGUAGAAGACUCAUCAAGUGUAGCAGUACUUGACACUGCUGCUGGUGUUUGGUGUGAUACAAAAUCUGUUGUCACUAGUCCAAGAACCGGUAGAUACAGUGCUGAUGCAGCCGGAGGAGAUGCUGCAGUUGAGUUGACUCGGCGUUGUAGGCAUGCAGCUGCUGCUGUUGGUGACCUAAUUUUUAUUUAUGGUGGUUUACGAGGGGGAGUAUUGCUAGAUGACCUACUUGUUGCCGUAGAUCUUGCUGCUUCAGAAACAACUACUGCCGCUUCACAUGCAGCAGCGGCGGCUGCAUCUAAUGUACAAGCAGGCGGCUUACCUGGAAGAUAUGGAUUUGAUGAGAGGACGAGGCAACCAAUGUCCGAAGCUGCUGCUGAUGGUUCAGUUGUAUUAGGAAAUCCAGUCGCUCCCCCAAUGAAUGGAGAUAUGUAUACAGAUAUCAGCACCGAAAAUGCCAUGCUUCAGGGUUCUCGGCGAACAAGCAAAGGAGUUGAGUAUCUGGUCGAAGCAUCAGCUGCAGAAGCUGAAGCUAUCAGUGCUGCACUGGCUGCAGCCAAGGCACGGCAAGAGAAUGGUGAAGUUGAAUUGCCUGACAGAGACGGUGGAGCCGAUGCUACCCCAAGUGGGAAACAGUCUUCCUUUAUCAAACCUGAUUCUGCAGGGUCAAAUAUCAUUGCUUCUGGCGGUGUCCGGCUGCAUCAUAGAGCUGUGGUUGUUGCUGCGGAGACCGGUGGAGCAUUAGGUGGUAUGGUUAGACAGCUUUCAAUUGAUCAAUUUGAAAAUGAGGGCAGGCGAGUCAGUUAUGGAACUCCAGAAAAUGCAACUGCUGCUAGAAAAUUAUUAGACAGACAGAUGUCUAUCAAUAGUGUGCCAAAAAAGGUCAUAGCACACCUCUUAAAGCCUCGUGGAUGGAAACCACCAGUUCGCCGGCAGUUUUUCUUAGAUUGCAAUGAAAUUGCUGAUCUUUGUGACAGUGCCGAGCGGAUCUUUUCUAGUGAACCAAGUGUAUUACGGCUUAAGGCUCCAAUUAAAAUAUUUGGUGAUUUACAUGGGCAGUUUGGGGAUCUCAUGCGGCUUUUUGAUGAAUAUGGUUCACCAUCAACUGCUGGUGACAUAGCAUAUAUCGAUUAUCUAUUCCUAGGAGAUUAUGUUGACCGGGGACAACACAGUUUGGAAACUAUAUGCCUCCUCCUUGCUUUGAAGGUUGAAUAUCCCAAAAAUGUACAUCUAAUUCGUGGAAACCAUGAAGCUGCAGAUAUUAAUGCUCUUUUUGGCUUCCGAAUUGAGUGCAUUGAAAGGAUGGGUGAGAGAGAUGGAAUUUGGACAUGGCAUCGGGUGAACCGUCUGUUUAAUUGGCUGCCUCUGGCGGCUUUAAUUGAGAAAAAGAUUAUUUGCAUGCAUGGUGGUAUUGGUCGUUCAAUAAAUCACGUGGAGCAGAUUGAGAACAUUCAACGUCCAAUUCCAAUGGAAGCAGGGUCAAUUGUGCUGAUGGAUCUAUUGUGGUCUGAUCCUACAGAGAAUGAUAGUGUGGAAGGACUACGGCCAAAUGCAAGAGGUCCUGGAUUGGUUACUUUUGGGCCUGAUCGUGUCAUAGAAUUUUGCAAUAACAAUGAUCUUCAGCUGAUUGUCCGUGCACAUGAAUGUGUCAUGGAUGGGUUUGAACGUUUCGCCCAAGGACAUCUGAUCACGCUUUUCUCAGCUACAAAUUAUUGUGGCACUGCAAACAAUGCUGGGGCAAUAUUAGUUUUGGGUAGGGACCUUGUUGUGGUUCCUAAAUUAAUUCAUCCAUUACCACCAGCGAUGUCUUCACCGGAGACAUCACCUGAGCGGCAUAUUGAAGAUACAUGGAUGCAGGAGUUGAAUGCCAACAGACCACCAACGCCAACUAGAGGCCGUCCCCAAGUAACAAAUGACCGAGGUUCGCUCGCUUGGAUAUAGUGAUCAUUAAAAAUGUCCUUAUUAUUUGUGCCUUACCGGUUCGUGCUAUCGCCUUGUUUUAGUGCUCUGUACAUAGCAUGAUGCGAUUUACGGGAGGCCCUGGGCUUUUGGUCUUCAUCCCUGCAGCAGAAAGCUUGGCUUUCCUGGUUUUGGUUCUCACUGCUCAAUCAGCAAACCGUCGAGAAGAUAAAAAGGUAAUGUGCAAGGUUGGUAGCCGCUGCUAGGUUUGCUUUGACAAAAGCUAGAAGCUGCAUUCUGGGUUCACCCACCCCGUGUAAAUUGAGCAUAGGUACUAGUAAAAAAAAGGUCAUGGUUUGUCAAAGAUGGCUAUUUUUGUCAUUAAUUCUUCAAUAUUUUUUGCUAUGGCUCCUUGGUUCCCUUUCUUUCUUAAUCAAGAGUACAAGAGGGUUUUAUGUGGUGAGAUAUAUAAAAUCAGAAACCUUUGUCGGAUGUCCCAUGUAUCAUAGGUGUUGCUUUGUGUAAUUUUUAUCCUUAAUCUGUACAAUUAAUUUUUGUGUGAAUCUACAUUCUCUGACAGGGAAUAUCGCAAAUUCGAUAAUAGAUUUCGCAGUCUUAGGAUGCAAGAAGCUUACGUGGUUC